AACUGCUUUUCUACUCAUAGGAAAUUACCAACCAUUCAGUGUUGGUUUGUUCAAAUGAGGAAAUAUAUAACAACUGAUCAUUAUUGGGGACUGUUACAACUAUUUAUGUCACGGAAGCCAUGAGAGUGCCUGUCUGCCGGGUCUGCGCAGUACAAUAUCCAUCCAUCCACCCAUCCAUCUAUCUAUCCCACUUAUCCUACACGGGAGCCUGGAGCCUAUCCCCGGGAACUCAGGGGACAAUCGCACACACAUUCACACACUACAGGCAAUUUGGAAAUGCCAAUCAGCCUACAGCGCAUGUCCAGGACUGGGGGACCCAGAGUACCCAGAGGAAGUCCCCAAAGCAUGAGAACAUGGAAACGCUGCACAUAGAGGGUGGAAGCAAGAAUCAAACCCCCAACCCUGGAGGUGUGAGGCGAACAUGCUAACCACUAAGCCACCGUGCACCCCAUUUUAGAGUAACAAUGGGUGUAAAAUCUAUAGAAAUAAGGUUAUAGUUUAGUCAAGGUAUACCUAUCUCAUAAUUUGUGUUAGAGACUGAUCUAAUCUGAUUUACUUAAAUUAUAUAAAAAUAAAGAAAUUAAAGUCCCCAUUAAAGUCCCUUUGUCCCCAUCCAUCCAACACCAACAAAAUGCAUCAUUAUAACACCGCUGGUUUGAAAAUAAAUUAAGUCUUUCAUCAUUUUAUAGAAUUUAAAAUCAAUCCACACUCGUUUUUAUACUGUAAUUUAAAAAUAGAUACAACAUACUACCUCCGCCAUGUUGUCAUUGUCAUGUGACCUUCGACGUCACCAUUAACACAAAAAUCUAAUGGGACUAUCGGAUUCAAUCAGGAAAGUUAACUGGACUCGUAAUUUAAUGUGGGCAGUGUUAAUAGACUGAGGUAAAUUCAUUGCCGUUGCCCUUGUCUUCCAAUCUCCUUUCUGCCCUAAAUGAUUACAGAUACCAUGUUGCACCUGUAGAGGGCGCUCAUGUAUUAUUUCCCGCUUUUUUCUCCUACGAGCUACUAUGUAGUAGUAGUAGUAGAGUAGUACACGAUUUCGGACGCAGCCAUUUUUUAAAUAUACUUAAUUAUAUAUACACGAUACUUAUUUCCCCCACUGUAUAACCUGCAUGCAGAGCCGCCUGUUAUAGAUUGGAUUAGGGAUCUCUCUCUCUCUCUCUCUCUGAAGAGCCAUCGAGAACUGGCAACAUGCUACUGUACAGUACAGCUGAACAAAGACCGCCCAUAGCCCAUGACGUCAUCACCGUGCGCGGUGUGUUUACACUACACUACACACACAUUGAAACAUGGAGAAAGUGGUUGGGUUAACUUUGUUCCUGUGCCUAAUCGGCCGUUUGGUUAAUCAGUUUAUAUCGACCGAGAUCAGACUCAUCAGAAAAAGGAGAUUAAGGAUUAGAGACUUGAUUUUGAAUACACACAGCAGGUUACGACGCCAAAGACGAAGACAAAGACAGAUCCAGUUGUAUUACCAGUUACGUCGCAGACCGCCUUCUGUUUGGGUCCAUCAAAGAGCAAACAACUGGUGGACUGUUGUAGUUCCCAACUUUACAGACGAGCAGUGGAGCCAGAAUUUCAGAAUGUCUGAAGAUACAUUCCUGUACCUUUGCCAUAGGCUGCGAACAGCGAUGGAGAAGCGGGACACCAACUUUCGUCUGUGUGUGCCCAUAAAGAAACGAGUAGCCAUAGCACUAUGGAAGCUGACCACCAACAGCGAGUUAAGACUCGUUUCACAUUUGUUUGGCGUCGGUCUUACUACGGUGUGGCGAUGCGUUCGGGAAUUCUGCACAGCUGUUAAUGAAGUGCUGCUGCCAGAACUGAUACCAUUCCCGAACGAUGAUAAGCUUAUGGAAAUGGCCAUGAACUUCGAGCAGAGAUAUGGACUUCCACAGUGUGUUGGGGUUGUCGCUGGAUCACAUAUCCCGAAUGUCCCUACAGAGUACCAUGCAGAGUAUUUUAACCACAUGGGCUGGCAUUCUAUCAUACUGCAAGGAGUUGUGGAUGGAAACGGGCUCUUCUGGCAUGUAUUUGCAGGAAGUCCUGGCAGUAUGCAUGAUGCUACAGUUCUGCAUGUGUCAGGGUUGUGGGAUCUUAUAGGACAAGGACUAUUUCCAAACCAUACAAAAAAUAUAGCUGGUCAUGAAGUUGGCUACUACCUUCUCGGUAACGCUGCAUUUCCACUGCAGAACUGGCUCAUGAAACCAUACUCAGACACUGGGCAGCUGACAGCUGAACAGAGGACAUUCAAUCAGAAAAUCUGCAGAGCAAGUUGUGUGGCUGAAAAGGCGUUCAGUCGACUGAAGGGACGAUGGAGAUGCCUUCUUAAACGCAAUGACAGCCACAUAGACCUUGUGAAAACAAUGGUGCUCACCUGUUGUGUCCUCCACAACUUAUGCGAAACACACGGUGAGCAGUACAGCGAGGAAUGGGACCCUCCUGCUGCAGGAGACCAGAUUUUAGUGGCACUGCCCCCAGAGGAAGAUGCUGAAGGCGCAGCCGUGGGUGUGCGCGAUGCCCUGGUGCAUUAUCUAAACACAGACAAUUGUGCAUCACCAUUGCUUGAGUAAAGCAUAUAAACGACUGCUGUCUCUGGCUUUGUAAUUUACACAGAUAUCCGAAUGCCAAAGAUGAAAGAACUGAAAUUAUUAGGGGUAUAAUGAUACACUCUUGUCACAAUUCGAUUCUCGAAAAAUUCUAAAUGAAGGAAAAAUUAUGACUGAAAACACUUUUUAAAAAAUUUAUGUAUAUAAAAAAAGCCCAUACAAAACAAUAUGC